AUGGCGGGUAAAGGAAAGAAACUUCAACCAAGGUUCGUCGGAACUUUUCAAAUUAAACCACCCACGCACCGCACAUACUCCACGAAAAAAGGGAAAGUAGCAUAUCGACUUGAACUACCAUCAAGUCUGUCCAGGAUUCACGACAUCUUCCAUGUCUUGAUAUUUAAGAAAUAUUAUCCCAACCCGACCCACAUUUUACAAUCGGAGGAGAUUGAGAUAGAUGAGUCACUCACCUAUGAGGAGAAACCUGUGCAGUUGCUUGACCGAAAGGUUAAGGAGCUUAGAAACAAGCAAAUUCCUUUGGUGAAGAUUUUGUGGAAAAAUCACGGAGUAAAAGAGGCUACCUGGGAGGUGGAAGAAGAGAUGCAAAGGAAAUAUCCUGAGCUAUUUGUGGACCAAG